AUGAGCCUGGAGUUUCAUGGCUUCAGCGGUCGAUUUUCAUCCGUCACAUCGCCCCGAGACCAUGUCGCUGGCGACGCAGCACAAACCAUGUCCAACGCUCGAGCCGAUGCCGAUGAAUGCGCAAAGGACGAGUUCAACAUGCUCGAGGACCUGCUGGACGAGAGUGACGGGGAAGACGAGGCUCUGGACAGGAAGAGGCUGGGUGCAGCGGAAGGUAGCAGCCUGAGAGUCGCCGGUUCUCAGAUCGUCAUCGUGGCAGCAGCGGGCAGGAAAAAUUCCGCUGGAACAUUCCAGAAGAAGUUCUGA